AUAACCAUAAAGAGAUCACAUAAUUUCAUAUACUUUGCGAAUUAUUAUACAAUUUUAAUUGUUGACCACACUGUAACGAAGGUUUGAUAACUGCAUUAUUAAUUUAAUACAAUCACAGAUCAAAAUCCGUUAAAAAUUCAAAUAACAAAAUAAGAAUAACAUUCUUGGAUUUCCUGUCAAUUAUAUUAUAUUUUAGUUGCUAUCGAAUUAUAGUCGUUAAUCAUCGAUAAGAGAAUAUUUAAGAUGUCUUCAUAUGCUCGUCGUGGUCUUGCUUUGACUUCUACAAAUAACGAGAAUCCUACGAAAAAUAUUAAAAAUACUUUGAUUACGAGCCGCAAAAAAAAUGCAUUGAAAGUAUUGACAAAUACGGUACAGUCAACCAAAAAGUCUGGCAGUAAUGGUUUGAAACAAUUGAAAGUGUUGCCUAUGAUAAAUUUUGAAACAGGUGAUAAGUGUAAAUCUGUCCUUAAAGAUAAUUCCUAUAAUGAAGAGGUAAAUCAUUUUGAGUGCACAACAUUUGAGAAAGAUUCUUUACCUGAUAAUAUGACUUGUAAUAUUGACAUGCUAAGCGACUUUUUUAGUACAAAGAAUGAUGUGGAAAAUGAUUGGUUUCUUGAAGAUUAUAAUAAUAUAAUGAUUAAUGAAAUAAAUAAUACAUUUGACAAUUUUGGAAAUGAUCAAGAAUAUUACUUUCCAACACUGCCUAUUAUGGAUUUUCCAGAAUUCAUAUUUGCUUAGGUUUUUAAAAUCAAUUUGAUUAUUAACUUUAAGUUUAAA